AUGGCCUUUAAAUUUCUCCUCGUGGUUACUUGUCUGGCAUUCGUUGGUGUCAGAAGUUUUCCCCAGCAUGGUUACGCAACGUCCCAUCUCGUCUCCAAAAUUCAACAUACCGCUCCAGCCUAUCAGCAUAUUUCACCGGUACAUCACGUGGCUGCUAUUCAUGCUGCUCCAGUUCAUCAUACCAUCCUGAAACAGGUAGAGACUCAUGCACCGGCGAACUACGAAUUUUCUUACUCCGUACACGACGAGCAUACCGGGGAUAUAAAGAGCCAACAUGAGACACGGCAUGGAGAUGAGGUUCACGGCCAGUAUAGCCUGUUGGAUGCCGACGGACACCGGCGUGUUGUGGAUUAUCAUGCUGAUCAUCACAAUGGAUUUAAUGCCGUGGUUCGUCGUGAGCCUACCGGAGUGAAAAUCAUUCAACCAGUUCAAAAAGUAAUCGCUCAACCAAUUCACGUGGCUCCCGUGGCACAUGCAGCUAUCUCACAUAACGUUGCGCCACUGAUCCAUAAUACCCACCACAUUGCACCGAUUGCUUAUCACAGCCAGGGACAUCACGCCACCAGUUACAGCAGCGUACAUCUUCAUUGA